UUGAGCUUUAUAGGACGAGAGUAAAAUGUAAAAGCCAGAGCGAGCCAAAGCUGGCUUGCAGCCGCACGUGAGCUUUGUUCAGAGUGCGGGCGCUGGCCAUGUGCUACAAGUAUUGAAAACAUUAAAAAAGGCUCACCUGCGUGCAUCCGGAGAGGUCGAGGUACAGCAAGCGACGGCAGCCGGUGCGAGUGGCCAGCUCAGUUUCACCGCGGAGCAGACCGCAGUCUCCAGACUCCUCCUGAGCGUGGAUCUCGGCCAGUGAUCGGGGUGGUGGGGGGGGGGUGAACAAAAAAACCCAGGGAGAGGACGUGGCAAGACAAGCGCCCUGGAGCACACCUUCUGGCCUCUUACAGAAAUCCCCAGUGAGACUUUGGCGUCAUUGUGGCGCAGCAAUGCCAGGCGGAGGAGCUGUGCGCUGGGCGUGGGGCUGCCGUUGCCCCGGAGCCCUUCUCGUCUUCUCGCUCGUGAUCAUCGCUCUGCUUCCUUGCAUCUCUACGGAGAAGAACUCACGCAGGCAGCACCCAGGUGCCCGUACGCACGCAUGCUCGGGGGACUGUCGCCGGGAGCAGAGGGCGUUUCCCCGCAGCGUGGAUGAGUGCGAGGUAUUCUACUUCAACGAAGAGAAGAGCCUGGAUUGCAGAGGAAGGGGCUUAACCAGCCUGUCGGCUAAGAUUCCCCACAACAUCAUUCACUUAAACAUGGCACAAAACCAGAUUAGCGUGCUUCUGGACUACCAGUUUGUCAAGUUUCAGGAGCUCAAAUCUCUAGACCUCAGCGGGAAUGUCAUUCAAGAAAUGCAAGCAAACGCGUUCGCAGGCCUCAACGCUCUGCACACUCUGCUGCUGCAGUUCAACCGCCUGGCGGUCGUCGCCGAGGAGGUGUUCAUUCACCUACCGAAGCUGCAAUUUCUCAGGAUUUACAAGAACCCCUGGCACUGCAGCUGCGAGAUGGAGGGAAUGCUGCACUGGCUGCAGCUUCCCAGCAGCCGACACAUGGCCCUCUACGCUGAGUGUAGCUCCCCCUCCGAGCUGGCCGGAGAGAAGCUGAAGAAGGUGAACCUGCAGGUGCUGUGCCCCGCAGCCGCAUGGGGCACCUACUCCAGCCAAACAGACCCGAGCAAGGACACCACAGACCCCAAAGAGGAAACCGUACCCGACCUCACUCCUCAAGUAACCACGAUUGGCAAAUGCGUCGUCACCAACUUCCCAACGUACGCCGUCAAUUGCCACGGCAAAGGACUCCUCAUGAUUCCGAAGAAGCUCCCGCUGGACAUAACCAGCCUGGACAUGUCCUCUAACCAGAUUCACCACCUGCUGGCCGGCAAACUGCAGUCAUUCAGGCACCUUCGCUUCCUUAGUCUGCGGAACAACAGCCUGGCCUACAUCCACCCUGACGCCCUUGCAGGGUUGCACAUUUUGGAGCACGUGGACCUGCGCAACAAUGACCUGUCCAGCCUCGAGUUUGGGACUCUCAAGGACAUGUACCACCUCCAGUCCCUGCUGAUCGAGGACAACCCCUGGAGGUGUGACUUCGACAUUCACUAUAUGGUCUACUGGUUCAGCUACCACAUGGGGGUGAGGUACGGCGAGCCUGUGUGCACCCAGCCGCCAGAGUUCAAGGGCUGGACUCUGGCUAAUUACAUGCGCCGUUACUACAGCGACUGCUCCGCCAGAACAAUCACGAGAGGCCGGUUAAACCAAGCAAACUCCUCCUCAAUUGAGAACCAGUGGGAUAAUAGAAACAACAGCAUAGAUGAAAGCGUUAGUAUCAGCACCAGCAGCAUAGGCGUCUCCCUUCCGUAACGUCCCACUCUUUUCAUCUUCUCGUGUGCAGCGACAAAAAAAGCCUCAGCUUGUGCCUCGCAUGAACGUGCCGUAAAGCACGACCGUUGGCUUGUCCCUUAAUGCCGUGUGUCAAAACGUGCGAGCCAAAGAGGAUGUUUUGUUUUACUGGCGACCACGGGGUUGUGUGCGUGCGCCCGCGUGUCACCGUGAGUGAUGUUUGGGUUUGGGCGUGGGUCUCGGCAGGUAUGGAUAUGUAAUGGUGUGACUCAACGCCUGGUUUGGUCUGCCAGAAGCCCUCCACUACAGUAAAAGCUACAAAUUCUACGUCCUUAAUGGCGACCUUUUAUAAUGAAGCUUGCAAUCUUACAGAGCCGGCAGAAGUGGCAUGACGUUUAAAUGCCUUAGUAGCAUAACCCUAAGUUUUAACAAUAUUACAUUGAAAUAGAAUCUACCCACCAAACUGGUCUAAUGCAAAUAUCUUAUGUAUCAUAUCGGCCAGUCCCAAAACUACUCUUUACCCCGAAUGGAAAAAUGCACUGUGUUCUGACACUAACCUUAGUUAGGAAAGUGACAUAAUUUAUGUUAUCUCAUUAACUUAUAUUAGCUUAAAAACACAAUCUCAAAGAAAAUUUUACUCGGGGUAUUUUAUGCAACUGCCCAUCACUAUUUGUCAAUACUAAUUAGAAUCCUCACAGUGAUUUCAUUACCAAAGUGAGACAAACAUCUUUAAAAUUAUUUACAAAUGUAAUUUUACUCUUCAAAGCAACACCAAUGUCAAAUUUGGCACUGGAAAAAUAUUAGUGGAAAAGGAUCAUUGCUUUGCAGACACUGUCUCUCUGUCACAAACACCAAACCACACGUUUAUUUUCCCAAUAGGAUGAUCAUUGUAUUUGACAGUUUUCAAAUAAAAUGUUGGGGUUAUUCAGUUGGUCAUAAUUAUUAAAAACUCAUGUUUCUACAAUACUUAUGCUUGUAUUGUGUGGAUAAAUAAAUGAUUGGUUGACCGCUAAAAACGAUUAUAGUUUUAACUCCGCAAAUGUGCCCCAGUCAACAAUUAUUAAAAGUGGGAUUUCAGUUUUUUAUGUAAUAAAAAUGCUCGUGUUGGGAUGUAAG